AUGCUAUAUACAUCAUUGGCCUGGGCCAUGAGUACCCACCCCAUUCGUAUCCAGAAGCUCAUCCAGUUCAACAAGAAAACCAAGAUCCUCUCCCGCCCAACUACCCUCGACUAUGCAGGAUGGACGAAAGACAACGCUGCGCCAUCGGAUGCCGACUCCAUCUCCCGCAUAUUCCGGACAGAAGGUGUAAAGCUUGCUACCUCUGCGUGCAAAGAGGCUAUGCGAGAAGCUUGCCUUGAGCCCAGCGAUAUAACGCACACGGUAGCAGUGACUUGCACUGAUCAGAGCAACCCCGGCUAUGACCUCUUUGUAUGCCAGGAGCUUGGACUUGGUCCAAACGUGCAACGAGUGCUACUUCAUGGCGUGGGGUGUGCAGGUGGUCUAUCGGCGCUUCGGGCAGCUGCUAGCAUCGCCGCUGCCGCAUCACAAAGAGGACGACCCGCCCGCGUCUUGGUGAUGGCGUGUGAGCUAUGCAGUCUCUCUAUUCAGGCAGAGGUUCAAGCGUCCUGUGAAGACGACAAGCUACACGUAGCCCCAGCGCUAUUCUCCGACGGCGCAGCGGCGCUAGCAGUAUGCAACGGUCUUGCGCUGGAAGACAAGCAAAAGCCAGUGUUCGAGCUGGAAGAUUGGGACAGUGUAGUUGUGCCGGGUACUUCGAGCUACAUCUCGUACGAUAUCGAGAAGCAUGGUAUGUUCAUGUAA